AUGCGCAAUCUUCUUGGCUUCAUGUCUGCCCGCGUCUUCCGCGGCAGGCUAAAACUCAUACUCGGCCUCGUCCUUCUCGUCAACAUUAUUGCCAUGUUCACCCUCCCCGACAGGUUAUCAGACGUCACUUCCGGCGAAGGAGCAGGCCCGCUCUUGAGAUGGCACGGUGGUUCGAGCGGAGAGGCUGAACCCGAAGGUGGCGGCUUGAGGUUGGUCGUUUUUGGUGCCCCGGACUUGGCUAUGGGGCGUGAGAAUGGAGAGAGCGGUACUAGCAAGAGCUGGACUGAGUAUCUUUGUGACGAGCUUCGCUGCUCUACGCACUACUCCUUCGUCCCCUCCAUUGACGGAUCCAGACCCGACCCCGCCCUCCUCUCGAACACGGCCUAUCAGGAAACACUCGAAAACGUCUUGUCGCAGGAGUUCGACGAAAACCAGCCCGGCUUUAACUAUACCUACAUCGCCGACCACUACCCCGUUCCCACCCACGACGAUCUCGACGCCCAAGUCGCCAGGUUCCUGCAGAGUAAGCCUCUGAAGAAUCCGCCCAAGGAGACCCUCUGGGUGUUCAACUUUGGAAUGUGGGAUGCCUGGACCCUCGCCGCCCUUCCGCGCGAAGCCGCCGUGGGAGUCGUCGAUUACAUGGUGCUCAGGCUCUUCCAGCAGAUCGAGAUCCUUUACAAGGCGUCUCUUGCGGACACGUCCAUUGCCUUUUCCGACUUUUGGGGCUACGCUGAUGCCGACGUAAUCGAGAAGCUCAAGGCCGACAAGCUGGAGGAUGUCCGCGGUGAGCGCGAGAUCUUCCGCGUCCUCAUCCCUCGCGUCGUCGACAUCUCCAUCACCCCAGGCUGGAACUCUAUGCGACCGCGUCCUCCGCUCCCGCACUCGCCGGCCGUCCACAUGACCAACGCAGCGUACUUGACGAAGCGGUGGAACGACGGCGUCGCCUCGCAUAUCGCCGAAUGGCAGAACCUUCCCAACCCCGAAACGGACGAAACCGUCGAUCCCGAUCGAGCUGAAGCACGCAAGCGCCACGCGUCUGCGCCCAACCAAGUACAAAAAUCCGAGAACCAGCGAAAGAGGAGGGGAGCAGAUGACGAUCUCGAAGCUCUUCUAGCCCCCUUCCCUCUCCGCAAAGCCUUGCAAUACGACGCGCCUUACUUCGUCCUCGAAGCCAUUGUUGAGCGCCAGCUGCGCAACGCCAAGCUCAGGGACGAGCUCGGCCGCGGCGAGAGACCCCCCAGCGAUCCCCUCCGCUUCGAUGAAGUUUGGCGACCCUGCUCCGAAGGAGAUGCCGAGCCCCAGCAGCGUAUCUUUGGCUCUCGCGUCAAGACCGAUGCCGAUGCCAACAACGCCAAUCAGGGCGAGAGCGAGAGAGACGGAAGCUGGCACGCCACCUGCUCGAACCCGGAUAAAUAUCUCUGGGAGACGCCAUUUACCCUUACUGACAAGGCCACGCGCGAGUUUGCUCGCUUGGCAGCCGCCGAGUCCGACUCCAAGUUGGAGUUGCGCGAGCAGACGUCGGUGCUGAGCCUAGCGGUUACGAAGAAAUCGGAGGAUAUUGACUUGGCGCUUUAG